AUGACGACGACUCAAGACAAGAACGCCUUAUCAUCGGAGGCUCCACUUGUCCCCGUCACCGUCGAACGCAAUGUUCGCUCCGACCUCGACACCACACUUCCAAAGCCUUUUCUAAGGGUUUUCGUCUUAUGUAUACAGGAUAAAAUGAAUCACCAAAGAUGCUAUAACAGUAGACAAGGAACGAAUCCGGUAGAUACACUGCCGGAAAAGGUGGAUGUAAGUAUCGAGAUGUUUCUUAGGUUGCUGGUUGUUGGAUUUCUACAAAAGCCUACUGAAAAUGUUGAUCUUGAUAAUGUAGAACAAACUUCAUUGAAUACACAAUUGUCAUCUUCUAAUAUUGGAUUUAGGUUUCUCCAAAAGAUGGGUUGGAAAGGAAAAGGUUUUGGGAAGGAUGAACAAGGAAUAAUUGAGCCAAUAAGGUUUGGUAUGCGGGAUGCAAAAUUGGGAGUUGGAAAACAGGAAGAGGAUGAUUUUUAUACUGCUGAAGAAAAUAUCCAAAGGAAGAAACUUGACGUGGAGUUAGAGGAGACAGAGGAGAUUGAUAAGAAACGAGAGGUCCAAGAAUCUGCAAAACAAGCUAAGCCAAAAAGGGAGGCAGUUUCUUAUGCGGGCCAGAUUUCAAAUAGUAGCUCGACAAAGAAGAAGGCAAAGAUUCCAAUAGCUUCAGUUUUCGGGAAUGAUAGUGACGAAGAACAGUGA